UUUCCAAUCGACUCAUCUACAAGAGCACAAAACAUAAAACAUGGGGAAAAGUGUGUAGGUGUGCAGUUUUCCCCAUUACAACUAUCACUCACUGCGUAUACCCUAUAAAUGAUUUUGAAUAAAGCGGGGAGGUGCCUUCGACCAAAUUCUAGAAAGAUCGGUACGCGGAUAUUACCAUCCACAUUCCACGAAUAACUUCAACAGGAGGGUAAUCAAGAAACCAGAGAGGUGGGCUUCUGAAGCACGGUGACACACCCAGGCGAAUCGACCAGGUUAGGGAACGCGCAUUCUUAUUCAGUGAAUUCAUAAAUAGCAGGCUUAUCAUUUAACCCGUUCGUUGACUGGGCAAGAGAGGCAUGGCGAAAUUGGGAGAGGGCGAUAAACGCUGGAUAGUCCAGGAGAGACCUGACGGCACCAACGUUCACAACUGGCACUGGUCCGAGAAAGAUUGCUUGCAGUGGUCCAAAACGCGCCUCGCUCAACUUCUCGAUAGCCUUACAGUCCUUGACGAAGAAGCCCUUUCCAUCAAAAUCACCGCCGUCGAAAAGAUCGAAGGGGAGGCUUAUGUUAACAUCCGCAAGGGAAAGGUCAUUCCGGGCUAUGAGAUCAGUCUCACAGUUUCAUGGAGUGGGGAGACUAAGGAACCUCCAACAGGUGUCGCCGAGGGCACACUGCACUUCCCUUAUAUCGCCGAUGAGAAUGCUGGUGAGGACCCUGAGAUCAGGGUUUCUGUCAAGGAUGAAGGUCCCGUUGCAGAGAAAUUGCGGCAGGCAUUUGUUGACCGGGGAAAGCCAGUCGUAUUGGCACAGGUGAGGAAAUACGUGGAGCAUAUGACUGCUGGUGGACCAGCCAAGGAUGAACUCGAGUCAAAGCUCUCACAGUCCAAAUCCACACCUGUAUCCACAUCCACGCCUGCACCCACAUCAACAACUGCACCUGUAUCUGUUUCUGCAGGGCCAGCCAAGCCAGUAAAGAAGACGGAGCCUACCAAGGAGGGGUUUAAGACUAUUAGAGUUACUGAGAAGUUCAAUUGCAGGGCGAGGGAUAUUUAUGAAGUGCUUAUGGAUGAGAAUAGAUGGAAGGGCUUUACACAGAGUAAUGCAAAGAUUAGCAGAGAAGUUGGUGGUGAGUUUUCUGUCUUUAAUGGGGCUAUUAUGGGUGUCAAUCAGGAGCUCCAGCAGGAUAAGCUUAUUGUUCAGAAGUGGAGAUCUGGAAGCUGGCCCGAUGGGCUCUAUUCAAUGGUUACAAUCACACUCGAGGAACCGGAAGUAGGGAUUACAGUAGUGAAGUUGACGCAGACUGAUAUACCUGAAGAAGACAGAUUUGGAAAUGCUACAGUUGUAGAGAACACUGAGAGGGGGUGGAGGGAGCAUAUCUUUAACAGGAUCCGAGCUGUCUUUGGAUAUGGUAUCUAGGGGUCUCUCUUGGAUUCAUUCCCAAAUCUUUUUGUUUGUGUUAUGACUAAGAAAUUUGAUUUCCAUUAUGUAUGGAAAAUGGUAUUAUUCUCAUUGAAACAUAAACAGGAGGUUGUAAUUGCUUUAACAUCCUUGCAUGCUCAAUUGUGGCAUGUAAGGAAAUGAAAAACAGUGAUUUAUGGUCAAAUAUGUAACUAUCUUCCUUAAAAUAAUGAUGUGUCACUAUUUUUCUUAAAUGCCUUGGCAAUGUGCACAUUGGAUUGGAAACGUCAAACGACUUUUGACUUAACCUUUCUGAUGCUUUGUUUCUAUAAAAGAUUCAAGCACUCUUUUGAUAUGGUA